CAAGGAUGUCUCCAUGGACAAAGCGAGGAAAGUUGAUUCUCACCAAAAAUAAACACAUGACCAAGACAUCCGCCUGAGGUCAUUAUUGCCUCUCAUAACCCACACCCGACUCCUCGAUGUUCAGGGUGUCAUUUCUCACGCUGUCAAAACACGAACCAAUGUAUCGUCACGCAAACACAAAUGUCAACUCAUCUCAUCCCUCCGAUCAUGACUCCACGUCCAGCAAAUCAUCCAGCAAAUCCUCCGAGCGCCAGCGAAGAGAAAUACCACUGGCCUUCACAAACACAGGCUGGGGUCGUGAAUAUGCAUCAAAUCCAAAUUGGGAGCAUGAGAAUCUGGGAAAGAGCAAUGCAGCAAUUCGUCAAGGAUCGCGGUUUCGUCCUGAGCCAGAAACCAAUGACAGCAAACCUUUACCCAUCGCGACAACACUUUCAUCUACACAUGAACCUGCAAACUCAUCCACAUCUCCUUCGCCGUCAACGACGACUGCGUCUUCCUCUGCCACUGAAGUGUCUCGCGAGUAUUCGGUCAUGAAAGCUUGGGGGUUCUUCAGUCGCAGUUUUUCUCCAAAUACUAGUCCUACAAAUUCUGAUCGCAGCGACACGGAGAAGAGAAAGACGAUUUAUCUCGAAGAGCAAGGGAGUGAGGAGACGGGACCUUGGCUGGAGACGCUGAUGCGGUGGGAGCAUUUCGAGCAUUGGGAUUUGAAGAUGUUGAGUCGGUCUUGGUAUAUGCCUAGUGCGCCUUAGCUUGUUAUAGACAUCGCAAGACAAUGUUGUAUCUGGCUUCUUUUGCCCCUCAUGUCUCGCUG